ACUGCUUUGAUGGCAACACAGUCUUUCUUUCAUUUCGACUAAUAAAAUAGUGUCCGGAAUGGCUGACGCGCCGUCUACUGCGCCUAAGGCAAAGGCGCCUAAAACUAAGGCCCCUAAAGAGAAGGUUGCUAAGGCCGCCCCUGCUGCACCUGCAGAACCCCCAAAGGCUGUGCGUAAAGUAUCUUCAAAGGCCCGUCACGGCAGACUGUACGCCAAAGCUGUCUUUACAGGAUACAGACGUGGUCUCCGUAAUCAGCAUGAAAACACUGCUCUGUUGAAGAUUGAAGGUGCUCGUGGUCGUGAAGAUGCCAUUUUCUAUGCUGGCAAGAAGUGCGUAUAUGUAUACAGAGCCAAGAAAAGGACCCCCAUUCCCGGAGGUCCCCGUGGUACGAAGACCAAGCUUCGUGCGAUCUGGGGCAAGGUGACCCGCCCACAUGGCAAUUCUGGCAGUGUGCGAGCUAGGUUCAAGUCUAACCUUCCCGCUCAAGCUAUGGGACACAGGAUACGUGUGAUGUUGUAUCCAUCGAGGAUUUAAGAACUCCUAUGUAAUAUAAGCCAAUAAAACAAAAUCCAAAAAC